GUUGUCGUACCUAUCUUUUGCCUGAAUAGUCUGUCCCGGUCACAUGCUGAUACCCCAUCUCCUAUCAGAUGCAAGCCGUGAAAAGGUAUAUUCCCAGCAAGGAGGACCUUGGGCAAUGCUUUUCAUACAUCCGGCUUCUCUUUUCGCUUGACUACACCGCAACGGAUGUGUUUCUUAUAAUCUGUGGUGUUAUAUUUGCGAUUGCCGGUGGAGUUCCCUUUCCAUUGCUCGGCAUUGUCUUUGGUGAUUUGAUCAACGACCUCAAUACCGUCACUUGCUCGGCCUCAACAGAUGCCACCGGUGAGCUUUCGGACAGUGUUCGCACGAAAGUACUGUAUGUGAUAUAUAUCACUAUUGCAAACUUUUGCUUCAUCUACAUCCACACGUCAUGCUGGUGCACGGUGAGCGAACGACUGGCGCGUCGUUAUCGCAAGAGAUACUUCGAGAGUGUAAUCAAACAGGAGGCGAACUUCAUUGAAUCUCUCCCCGCUGGCGAUGUUAUUUCGCGUCUGGUCAGUGACGUGGAAGUCAUCCAGUCGGGGACCUCGGAGAAGGUGGGCCUGGUGAUUACGACCAUCUCAUACUUCGUGGCUUCCUAUAUCGUGGCGUUCAUCAAGGUGCCCAGGAUUGCAGGCAUGCUGAUCUCGGUGGUGCCCUGUUUCAUGGUCAUGUCGCUGCUUGGAGGUCACUAUAUCAAGAAAUAUGCUGGCCGUAUAACUGAAAACAUCGGCUCGGCGACGUCGAUUGCUUCAUCUAGCCUGUCGCACCUGUCGUUGGUUCAUGCGUUCAAUGCUAACGAUCGCCUGGAGACGCGAUUUGCUUCAUACCUCUCGAAGUCCCAUAUGGACGCCCUGAAGAAAGCCUGCACGCAUGCCGCGCAGCUUGGUUUCCUCUACUUUGUUGCGUACUCCGCCAACGCCUUAGCUUUCUGGGAAGGUGCCCAGAUGAUUGCGCAUUCGGUAGCCAACGAAAACUCAGGUGUAUCUGUGGGUGCUGUGUAUACCGUGAUCUUUGUCUUGAUCGAUGCCUCCUUUAUUCUGAGUCAGGUUGCACCAUUCAUUCAUGUUUUUGCCUCCGCAGCAGGCGCUUCGCAGCGACUCUUGGCAGUCAUCAACCGCAAGUCAGCUAUUGACGGAACAUCUGACGAGGGCGAUAAAUCGGUGGCAUUCGACGAGGAGGAUAUCGAAUUUAAUGAUGUCCACUUCACGUACCCAUCUCGUCCAGAUGUUCCCGUGCUGCAGGGGAUGAGCUUCGUCAUCCCACCGAAGAAGCAUACCGCUAUCGUUGGGCCCUCCGGUGGUGGAAAGUCUACGGUUGUGUCUCUUCUCGAGAGAUUUUAUGAUCCGAACGCCGGGCAGGUGACGAUCGGUGGGAAGGACUUUCGAGAUAUCAAUGUCCGGUACUUGCGCGGAAAUAUCGGUUUUGUCCAACAAGAACCAUCUUUACUAGAUCGGUCCAUCCUCGAAAACAUUGCCUACGGUCUUGUGUCUUCGGCACAUUCUAGGCAUCAAGAAUUCGCGUCGUUCAUUCUGGAUGGGAGUCUCCCGGAGCUUGCCGAGAAAAUCAGAAGUGGAGUGCCCGAGAAGGAUGCCUUGUCUGCUUAUGACAGCCGGGUGGCCGAGAUCGUCGAUCUGGUGAAACAGGCGGCUGCUACAUCCAACGCACUGAACUUUAUUGAAGGGCUGCCCUAUGGACUGUCAACCAGUGUCGGAAAUGCUGGAAACCAACUGAGUGGAGGUCAGAAGCAACGUAUUGCUUUGGCUCGCGCCCUGGUACGAGAGCCGAGUCUGCUUGUUCUGGACGAAGCGACGGCUGCACUGGAUUCCGCUAGUGAGCAGCUGAUCCAGGCGGCACUGGCCAGGGUAUCUGAGCAUGUCACCACUGUAUCCAUUGCGCACCGACUGGCGACUGCCAAGGAUGCUCACAAGAUCGUGGUGGUGCAGAGCGGUCGAGUUUCGGAAGAAGGCUCCCACUCAGAACUUGUUGCGCGCGGUGGUGUCUACGCGGAAAUGGUGCGCCUUCAGAACCUUGGGAGGCUGAGCGCCGAAGAUGCGAUGAUUUCGGAAGAUGCGAUCAGCGAUGCACCCCGCGGAGAUUGUUCCUCUGCAGAGAGUGUCCAGGCGGCCGGCGAGAAGGAAGCAGGUCUUCUUGGAGCCAGCGGAUCGGAUGUCACGGAGGACACAGUCGUAGCUGAGACGCCGCCAGGAUCCAAGGAUGGCAACCAGAAGGACAAGAAAAGGAAGCGAUCAGGUUGGUUUACCACCAAGUACACUUUUUCUCUCAUGCGACCAAACCUGCCAUUGAUCUUGGUUGGACUGCUUAUGUCUUGCAUCAUCGGCGGUUCCUACUCGGCCGAAGCAAUCGUUUUCGGUCAUACGGUGGGAAAUCUGAACCCCUGCAAAGGUGCGGACGCCAUUAGCCAUAGCGGAAACCUUUACGGUCUACUAUUCUUCAUCCUUGCGCUGGUCGAAUUGACCGCCAAUGUCGUGGGUGGUGCUGUAUUCGGUUGGGCGGCUGACAAGAUCUUGUAUCGCAUCCGGGUUCUUUCCCUGCGAUCUCUCCUUGGCCAAACGAUGCAAUGGCACGGCAUGAAUGAUCGCACACCGGGGACUUUGAUCACUUAUAUCACUGGUGAUGCAUCUGCUCUGAGCGGAAUUACCGGCUCAACAAUUGGCCUUCUCCUGGCCACCGCCGUGAAUUUGGUGGCCGGUUUGGUAAUUUCCUUUGCCAUUGCUUGGAAGAUCACGAUUGUCUUAUUCCCAACUAUCCCUGUGCUUUUGGCGGCCGGUAUGAUGAAGCUACGGGUCCAGGCCAAGUUCGCAGAACGGCACCAGAAGGCCUUUGCCAAAGCCACCGCGAUUACCGUGGAAGCCGUUGAUAACAUCCGGGCGGUGUCUGCAUUCUCCUUGGAAAAACAAUCGUACGAAGUGUUUGGUCGGGCAUUAACACAGCCGUACCGGAACACCAUGAAGGCAAUUGCCCACGGUAAUAUCUGGCUGGCUUUAGCGUUUAGCAUUAGUAACCUGGUCUAUGCGCUCGCAUACUGGUGGGGUUCGAAGCAGAUCGCCGCUGGGCUCUACUCCCAGACCCAGUUCUUUAUCGUUCUGCCAGCCUUGCUGUUUAGUACCCAGUCCUGCGGUCAGAUGUUCGCUUUGGCGCCUGAUAUCUCUAAGGCCCGAGUCGCAUCGUCUAACAUCGUCGAGCUCCUCAACACUUGCUCCGCAGAGGAGGAACUAUCCCCAGGAUCGUCUUCCAGUUUCAAACCUUCCAGUAGUCUCCUUGAGGAGAAGGCAUCAGCACAAGAUGUUGAAGCCGUAGACUUGUCUCGUGCUCCACGCAAGCGCACGUCCGACAAGGCCAUCGGUGCCCAACUUCGGGGGAUACACUUCACCUACCCAAAUCGGCCCGAACGGCCGAUUUUGAACGGACUCGAUAUCAAUAUCAAACCAGGCCAAUUUUGCGCAUUGGUCGGCCCCAGUGGAUCUGGCAAGUCAACCACAUUCUCUAUGCUGGAACGAUUCUACCGGCCUAUCUCUGGAUCCGUCGUCAUUGAUGGUGUAGAUGUUACACGCCAGCUGGGCACAGAAUUUCGAGACGACAUCGCUCUCGUACCUCAAGAAAAUGUACUUUUUGAAGGCACGGUGGCCUUUAAUAUCGGGCUUGGGGCAUGCCCCGGCCACGAACCGACCCAGGCGGAGAUCGAGGAGGCCUGUCGUAUGGCUAAUAUCCACGACGUGAUCAUGGCGCUGCCCGAAGGGUACCAAACCAUGUGCAGCCAUGACGGAAAACAGUUCUCAGGUGGUCAGCGCCAGCGUCUAUCCAUUGCGCGAGCAUUGGUGCGGAAGCCCCGCUUACUGUUGUUGGACGAGUCGACCAGUGCACUGGAUGUUGAAUCCGAGAAACGGAUCCAGGAAGCGCUGGCUACGUUGGCUGGACGGACUACGAUCGUCGCUAUUGCCCAUCGACUCAAUACGAUUCACCGGGCCGACCAGAUCUUCUUGAUUGAAGAGGGUCGGUGUGUGGAGCAGGGUACGCAUCAGGAGUUGAUCCAGCGUAGUGAGACAUACCGAACAAGUGUGAUCCACCAGUCGUUGGAGACUUGAGGAUGCCCCUAAAUUGGAGGGGAGGUUAAAAAAAGAAUUAAAGCAAAGAAACCGCUAACCGUGGAGAUUAUUCUUUGAAACAUCUCUUUCAGCCGAAAUCACGAAAAGCCUU